CUGACUGAGACCUACUGAAUGACUUACAGUUCUACCAAAAUGCUCGGGUUUUGUAAAAGACUAUUUCAGAGAGGAGUCUUUGAAGUAACCUCUGUGAUGGUGGGAACUUUUCUACUGGUCACUUUGUUUUACUAUUCUGAUCAUUUCUCCACCUCAGACCACAAAUUUCAAAUUGAUAUCGGAAACUAUGAGCAUCACAUGCUGUCCUCAGUCAGAGAAUCCCCCAAAAUUGACCCCUCACCAAAAUGUGAAAGAAAUAUAUCUGUUGAACAGCUCCCGAACUUCAUCUCACUUCCUACUAACAUUAAAGACCUCCUCUACUACCGUCACUGCCGACAUUUUCCCAUGCUGCUUGACAUCCCCAACAAGUGUGGUGGAACCAAUGCAUCAUCUGACGUCUUCCUUCUACUGGUCAUCAAAAGUUCUGCCGUGAACUAUGACCGCAGAGAAGUGCUGCGCAAGACUUGGGCCAAGGAGAGACUGUCUAACGGCGUGUGGAUCCGAAGGAUCUUCAUCUCAGGAACGAUGGGCACGGGUCAUGAGACGAAGAGACUAAACCAACUCCUCAAGCUGGAGCAAAGCAAGUACAACGACAUAAUCCAGUGGGAUUUCAAGGACACGUUUUACAACCUCACGUUGAAACAAAUGCUCUUUUUGGAGUGGAUGGAGAGAAACUGCCCACGUGCCAACUUCCUGUUCAACGGUGACGAUGAUGUCUUUGCCAACACAGACAACAUGGUUCUGUAUCUCCAAAACUUUGAACGCAAAGGUGGAAGGAAGCACCUGUUUGCAGGCCAUCUGAUCUACAACGUGGGACCCAUCCGUUCUCCACAGAGUAAAUACUAUGUUCCAGAGCAGCUCUAUGAGUCCAAGUUAUACCCUGCUUACUGUGGUGGUGGGGGAUUCCUUUUGUCUGGCUACACAGCUUCGGUCAUUUACGCCAAUUCACACUCCAUCCCCAUUCUUCCGAUUGACGACGUUUACAUGGGGAUGUGUCUGGCUCAGGCAGGGUUAAAACCGGAGCAUCAUCUUGGCGUGAGAACAGCUGGACUGCAUGUUCCUGGCAAGAAUGUUGAUGAGCUUGAUCCUUGUUUCUUUAAAGAAAUGCUUCUUGUGCACAGAAUGCUGUCAGGAGAGAUGUAUACUCUGUGGCACAGAAUUCAUGAUCCAGACCUUCGGUGUCCCCCUCUCAAUUCCAGAUAGUAAACUGGAUGUUUUCUUGU